AUGCAAUUCAAGAACGUUGUCGCUGGCGCAGCCGUGCUGCUUGCCUCUGCCUCUGCUGUUCUGGCAGUGGGAUCUGCCACCGUUGUCAACAACUGCGGGUAUCCCGUCUACUAUGCGGCUGUUGGAGGAAGUUCCAACCCAAGCAUGCAACUGCUCGAAGGAAGCUAUAGCCAGGCCUACACGGAAGAGGGCGUUGGCAUCUCCAUUAAGCUUUCCCCAAAUGACACCACUUCUGGACCGAUCUCGCAAUUCGAGUUCACCUGGGCCAACGGCAAGAUCUCGUACGACCUCUCCAACAUCAACGGCUACCCCUUCUCUGCUGGUGGCAUGGAGAUCGUUCCUUCGAUGCAGAACGACCCUAACAACCCAACCUGUGUCGUCGUCGACUGCCCUGCGGGUGAAUCUGUCUGCACCGCCGCCUACAAUGCGCCUGAUGACACUCGCACCAUGGUCUGCGACCAAGACUCCAACCUUGUCUUGACCAUCUGCCCCGGCGGAUCGAGCAAGCGCAGCGUUUCCGUCAGCGAAGGGAACGUGUACUACCGCGUCCAUGCUCGUCAUAUGCCCAAGAAGGCAUAG